AUGCAGCUUCCUGCCAUGCAGAAAAAUUCUUCGGCUGCACACUUGUCACCUUUUCUCUGCGCAGAAACGAACACCUCUGAUCUGCCUCAUAGCGAAAGCACGCGCUCCUCCGAGCAGCAGUGGGGAGUUUCUGCCGUUCACUGCCCUCAAGUGUUCGCCCAGGGGGAGGAAGGGCAUAAGGAUGUCUUGGUUGCGGUAGUGGACACUGGCAUUGCGCCUCACAAAGAUCUGAGGGGCACUGUCAUCUACGAGGAUUCUGUUGCCGAGGCUGGUGCUUCAUCUGCUGCCGCAAUGGAGGCUGCUGCUUCUGGUGAUGGGGGGGUCAGAGGGUCUACUGCAGCCGCCGUUCGAGCACUUGACAUGGCUAUCGCUCGAAAGGCGCACAUUGUAAACAACAGCUGGGGAAGUUCGUUUGCCAGUCAGGCUAUUCAAAGAGCACUUCAAUUCGCAGCCAAGGCUCGCAAAGGCCAUGGCAUGCUUAUUGUAAAUGGUGCUGGCAAUCAAGGACUGGAUCUGCAAGAGCAAAAUCAGUUUCCAGCGUCCUUCAACAUUCCCAACACAGCCAACGUCGCUGCCAUGGCCACAGCCAAUGCGCUCUCCUCGUACACCAAUCACGGGAGGCAAGCGAUUCAUCUUGGUGCACCUGGAAAUCGCAUCCUCUCCACUGCUCCCGGUGACGGCUAUGAAUAUGAGUCCGGCACUUCGGCUGCUGCGGCUUUUGUAGCUGGCGUUGCCGCGCUAGUAUAUGGAGUGUUCGCCUCUGCAAAAUCUGAAACGUCAGCAGCAGAAGUUUUAGAGAUACUGCGCGUUUCCUCAACUCCCGUCCAGAGCCUCAGCACCGCGACGCUCUGGGGAGCGAUAGUUAACGCAGAAGCUGCUGUUUCGGUGGCACGACUAGGAGGCAUGUGGUUGCAGAUUAAGUGCACAGACCAUAGCUUCCAGUUACAGCCUGGGGAGUCCAAGGUCGCUCGCAUUUACAUGCGCCCCUUCUUACCGGGCGAAUAUAGGUAG